AUGCGGAGUGUACAGCCACAACCAGCAGGCGAACGAGGCGGACGGGGAGGUUUCGCAACUGUCAAAGGCUCUCGCUCUCUCCGUGAUCCCGGUGGGCAAACCAACCGCCAGUUCCAAGCCAGCCAAGACACGCGAAGAGCCCCUCCAAGUCAUCCGCCUCGCCAGCGUGCCAAUGAGAACAUUGUGGAUGACGAUGGCUUCAAAGAUGCGACACCCCGACGACGCCAGUUUAGGCCAGGGGAAGCGACUCGAUUGCACCCGUCAUUCCCCCUCAACUUGUAGCUAUUUCAAAAAUAGUUUAGCUAGUUAGCCAUCAACAUCGUGUGGGUGGUGUUCAUUCUGACCGAAGUCGGGAUAUCAAGAUCCCCUGUGUUUCUGCACAAAAUAUGCAGUGCGUCCGUAAGCCCCGUUGUGUGUCCCAACAUCCCACAGUGCAUUCGACGGGCAUAACUUAUAAGUAGCCUGAAUCCUGAUCGACACCGUUGUACAGAGUAUAUGCUGGGAUAGUUAAUUAUAACCCGACAUGCGUGUCUCCAGUUAGUCCUGUUGUCCA